AUGACAAAAAUAUCAAAAGAAAGUUUUAAUUCGGAUUCUCAACCUUAUAAUCAAAAAAUCAGUAGUAAAAAAAAUCAUCCAAAUAAUUAUUUAAAAAUUUCAGAACAAUGUCCUGAAGUAUCAAAUUCAAUUAUAACUGAUCAGGUAAUUUCCGUGGAAACAUUAACAGCACAUUUAAAUCUUCUAAUUCGAUUUACCAAUAUAAAUUGUAAUAAUCAAAAUUUAUUUUUACGAUAUUUGGCUCGAGCCGAACAUCGAUAUAUCAUUUGGUUGAAUUUAUUGGAUCAUUAUCGUCCACCAAUAGAAUCAAUGCCUAUCCCUCCUUUAGAAGAUGUAAUUAGAUUAUAUGGAGAACAUAUGUUGACUUAUAAUUUCCCUUUAUUAAAAAUGAAUAUGAAAGAUAAAGAGGGAGAUGAAUAUGUUGAUAUGAAUUCUCUUAAAACGUGGAAAUCAUUUUCUGAUGAUGAACCAUAUCUCUUAGAAUUUGAUGAUGAUCGACCUUUCUUAAUUACUUGUCCAUUUUGUAUUAAAGAUAAUUAUCUUGAUCCAGAUUUAUAUGUACAAUUAAAAAUGAAUGCAUCAACACAUACUUGUGAGAAUUGUUCAUUACAAUUAAAUGCUGAUAUUUUAUCCGCAAAACGAUUAUUAAACGAUAUUAAUCAAUUUCUAUCUGACAAUACUAAAUGUCUCGCAGGAACGUUGUUGGAUACAGAGAAAAAUCAAAUUGAUAAUUAUAUAGCUGUCAAUGAUAAUAUUCUUUUAUUUGAUCAAGAUGUUAUACGUGAACUUAUUCGAUUAUCUUCUUACGCAUAUACUGGAAAACCAUCACCACCCUCAUUAUACAUUCCAAAUAUUACCAAUAAUUGUAAUUGGCAAAUAAUUCAACAAGAAUUUUCCACGAUUUUACAUCAACUUGAUUCCCAAGGAGAUUUACGUUACGUUCGAAAAAAUAUUUUGAAUCAAGUUAUAUCCGCUUAUCAAAAUUUGAUAUGCCCAUUUUCAUUGGAUCUAAUGGCCGCGGUGAUUAGGUAUCAAGAAACUGUUGAUAAAAUCUUAUAUGCGGGUGAUUGGAAUGAUGAAUGUAUUAUUGCUUUGGCAACUGUCAGAUAUCAUAAAUUUUUAAUAUUAACUCAAAAAUAUCCGGACCGACUUUUGGUUCCUACUAUGGCAAAAACUGCAUUACUAUGGCACAAAAAGUUUAACGAACCUUACACUUCCGAUGAUCCUUCUCGAAAAUGGAAGAAAACUUCUCGGGUUGUUAUGUCCGUAAUGUUUCCGGUAUAUGGCUUAUACGUGGCUCAAAGGUUAUGGAAAUUGGGUAAAACUCGUGAUAAAAAAAUUGGUCCGGGUGGUUCCAUCAAUAAAUCUUCCUGGGUAACUUCUAAUUCAUGUGACAUAAAUAGUAAUGAAAGAAGAGUGUAA